CUUCCUGAGAGAGAAGGACCGUGCCAGGCGUAGGUUUCUUAGUAGUAUUAUACUUGCAAGAAGUACAUUGGAGGAUAGUCGACGAUCAAGAAAUUUAGAACGACUUUCUAUCGGUGCCUGCGUAUUCGGAUAUAUUUUGUAACCACGGCUUCAAACGUGGAGACCGUUUUUUCUUCGCUAUCCUUGCAUUUCUUUAAAAGAGAAAUGGAAGAAGGCUCAAGUUCUCCCGUCUCCCCUGUGGAUAGUCUAGUGACCAGCGAGGAGGAGUUGGACAGACAACAGAAAAGAUUUGGAAGGAAGAGGAGACACAGUAAAAAGUCAAGCGAGGACAGCAGUCCGGGUUCCGUGAAACGGGGGAAAAAAACGAGUCCGAGCAGCACACAGUCAUAUGAGGAGUUGCAGAACCAGCGGGUAUUGGCCAACGUCAGGGAGAGGCAAAGGACACAGUCGCUCAACGAAGCCUUCUCGUCUUUACGCAAAAUCAUCCCCACGCUACCCUCUGAUAAGCUGAGCAAGAUCCAGACACUGAAACUGGCCUCUAGAUAUAUAGACUUCCUAUAUCAGGUGCUGCAAAGCGACGAGAUGGACAACAAGAUGUCGAGCUGCAGCUACGUAGCGCACGAGAGACUCAGUUAUGCUUUCUCGGUCUGGAGGAUGGAGGGCGCGUGGUCAAUGUCUGCAUCUCACUAGCACCCAAAGUCCUUCACUCAAUGCCAAAGCGACUGUUACCACGUAACUUCUACCAAGUAUGAAGACACCAAAGGAUCUAUUAAAGAACCCACGAACCUCAGAAACAUGGUCACCAGAGGCAAUGUGACACAAAACUUCUGGAGCAAUUUGGGUGUAAUUACCUAACAGUUGGAACAAUGUGAGAAGGAGUAAAGAUAACCUAACCCUGAAAAUCAUGUUGCAUCCUGUUCUAAGACGAUUAUUUUUGUCUUCUCGCUCAUUAUCGUGUUAUUUUAAUAUCGGAAUUGUAAUGAUAAGAAAGGCCAUCGUUUAUGCAUUGGAGGAAAUUAUAUUUCGUUUUUUUUUUUACUAAAUGGAAGUGUAUAUGUGUGUGUGUGUGUGUGUGUGUGUGUUUCGUAUUGUACAUAGGCCUAAGUGUAGGAAUAUCUUCAGCUUGUAAAGGGACCAAUGCAAUUUAGAAUACAGACCUACAAGUUCAUGUAGUAGGUCUAAGCUGCAUGGAUUCUUUCCAGAUUUGACUGUCCAAAGCAAAUCUUCAAUUCCGUCCAAUGUACAUUUUCUUUUUUUGCUUAUUUAUUAAAACACAUAUUUUUGAACGAAGUAGUUGAGCCCUUUGAUUUACAUUAUCUUUUGAUUUACAGUAGCCUAACCUAAAUAAAUAUUGGCUACA